AUGUCGGUGGCAUCGCUAGUUCCUGCGAACAGCCAGAGAAGCAGAGCGACGGCUGUGAAGUCUUUUGAAGACUUCCUUGCGAAGAAGGAGGUGACGCUCACAGAAGUGCAUGAUCGUAUUUCUAAGGACAGCACAGGUAAGAGUUUGUUUGUCAUUCUGGAUAAGUAUGGGUGGUUCUUAGUGAAAAAAAUAGGAAGGCAAGGAGUAGCUCUGUCCAAGAACACUGUGCUAUCUUAUUUUGGCAAUGUUAAGAACUGGCUGGCGGAUCUGUACCCGCAACAGAGCCAAUGUGUAGCUAAGAAGCUGCAAAAGAUGCUAUCAACUCUAGAUCGGUACUGUGAAAAGAGGCCGGAGCAAGGUGUCACGAAACAAGCGCCACUAUGUACUAAGAACGAUAUAAAGACUAUCAUCUCGGCUCUCUACAUGCACGCUUCCGCCAACUCCGACUACCUGGGUGCGGCGCUGGUGGCGUUGAUGUGGUACCUCUACGGUCGUGGUUCUGAGGCUGAGCAAUUGGAGAAAGCCCAGCUGUGUGUAUACCCCGGCGGUAUGAUAUUUCUCCGCUUUAAGCGUGUGAAGACUGCUUCGCAACAGGGAAUCUCCCUGUUUAAGGAUCCUAACGAUCCCUUCACGUGCCCGUUACACGUGCUAGCUGUCGCUCUCGCCCUUCAACCCGCUCCAGGAACUCACAUCUUCCCGCAAUUUGCUGCCGUACCUGCGCUGUCCGCGUCCGACGACCAAGACGACGAUGGCGAGCUGGGGCUGAUUGCGCAGCUAGACCGCGAGCUUGCGGAAGCACCUACAUGCAAGACUCCACAGCCACGUCGAUCCAACUCGGCCCCUGGUGCCCAAGCUUAUAUCAAUAGACUAUUAGUCACGGUUAGUGGACUGCCAGCAGCAAAGGAGAGUGGACUCACGAAGGGACUUAGCUCGCACUCCUUCAGAAGAGGUGGGGCCAUGCACGCCAACGCUGACAGUCGCAUUAGCCCGAACUGGGUUGUUGAACACGGGGGCUGGAAUAUGUCGCGCGUGAGCAAGGCGUUUUCCUACAUGCUGAACACAACACACGAAGAUCAACAAGUUGCGCGCCAAUUGAGCGGGUGGAACCCGCAAGCGGGCGCCCGACUUCCAGACCUUACCGCUCUGGACGGAGUCGUCCGAGCGCGCGUGGAGAAGCUGCAGGAUCUCCUCUUCGCUGCUGUCACUGGUUUCCCGACAGUGUCUUGGAACUUUAAUCCUCAGGUGCUCGAAGUGUUGAUGGCGACCUUGAUCCUUCACUUCCCCGAGAUGGAACGCCAUCGCUUGGAUAGCCCGUACGUCCGUCGCAUUCAUGAAGCCCUUGGUGUCCUCAACAUACAGGCCUCCGAGCUGUUGGCAUGGUCGAUCACCCUCCGAGCUGCAUUCAAUCCACCUGCAGAAGAGAAACAAUAA